AUGGCGGCGUCCACGAAGUUGGUUGGAGAGGGAGUGAAGAAGGCCCCGGCGGAAGAGGAACCGCGAGUUCUGGGACCCGGGGCGGCCCCGUUCGGAAAUUUCCCUUAUUAUUCUCGCUUCCACCCUCCGGAGCAACGGCUCCGCCUGCUGCCCCCGGAGCUGCUUCGACGACUCUUCCCUCUUCAGAGUCCCGAGACGAGGCCGAUCCUGGGGCUCGACGUGGGGUGUAACUCCGGGGAUCUGAGUGUGGCUCUUUACAAACACUUCCUUUCCCUACGUGAUGGGGAGACCUGCUCAGGUGCCUCAAAAGAAUUCCGUCUCCUUUGUUGCGACAUUGAUCCAGUCCUGGUGGAGCGAGCUGAAAAAGAAUGUCCUUUUCCUGAUGCUUUGACCUUUAUCACCCUGGACUUCAUGAAUCAAAGGACUCGGAAGGUUCUCUUGAACUCUUUCUUAAGCCAAUUUGGACGUUCACUUUUUGACAUUGGCUUCUGCAUGUCGAUAACCAUGUGGAUUCACCUGAACCAUGGGGAUCAUGGCUUGUGGGAGUUCCUUGCCCAUCUUUCCUCCCUCUGCCGCUAUCUUCUAGUGGAGCCGCAGCCCUGGAAGUGUUACCGAGCAGCUGCAAGGCGUCUCCGAAAGCUGGGACUCCAUGAUUUUGACCACUUCCACUCCCUUACCAUCCGAGGUGACAUGGCCAAUCAGAUUGUGCAGAUCUUGACCCAGGACCAUGGCAUGGAAUUAAUAUGCUGCUUUGGCAACACCAGUUGGGACCGAAGCCUUCUGCUCUUCAGGGCAAAACAAACCAUAGAUACUCACCCUAUACCUGAAUCACUCAUAGAAGAAGAGAAAGAAAGGAACAGAUUAAGAUUCUGGAGGCAGUGAGAUAGAGGGCAGGAAGACCAGGAAAGAUAAUGAAAGGUUUUCUACUGAGAAUUACAUUCACUCUUCUUACCAGUCAGGCAGCUUCAAAACAUGGGAGAAGCUUUUGGUAAAAUGUUCCAGGUAUGCAAUUGAGGAAUCAGUUUUCCCCAUUGUUUGGGACAGUCCCUGAGGAGAAUGAAUACGUGGCGUAGAGAACUAGGCUAUCUGGAUUGAGAUGGCUCAGAAAAAGGACUCUGGUUUGUGGGACAUGGAAGGGACUGCUUUGGGGAAUUAUUUAUAAAGAUUAGACCAGGCUAGCCUUAGAAUGUAUUGGUUCCCUAGACUCCUUGAGUCUGGUCUGGUUUCUUAGGCUUCUUUUGGACCUACUAGGCCUGCCUUCAGGCACAAUCUCACAAUGCAAUGUGGAAUGAAGAGCUAUUGGCCUGGCUAAAAGAAAGGGUUAGAAGGAAAAGCAUCUUAUCUUUCUUGAGCAGGUCAAAUCUCCAACAUGCCCAGGCUUAGCACAGCAGUUAUAGAUCCUAGCCAGGAUGCAUUAACUGGCAUUUAAAAGAUGUUUAAAAGAUUCAAGUUGUGAACCCAGAGACAGUGAUUCAGGUUCUGGAAUGGGGCUUAGGAAUCUGUUUUGUUUUGUUGCAUUUAUUGUGGUAAAAUAUGCAUAACAUAAAAUUUACCAUUUUAAGCAUUUUAAAGUAUACAAUUCCAUGUAUUAAGUACAUUCACAAUGAGUAGUCUCUUUUUAGCAGACACCCCAGAUGAUUCUGAUGCAAACAAAAAUAGACCACACUUUGAAUAGGGUGCCAGCCAGUCUUCCUCUACAUAUUUUUUUCUGGGGUGCAGUUCUUCCGCAUGCCUUUAGCAACUGCCUACACGCUAAUGGCUCCCAAAUAUAUUGGUAGCCCUACCUGCACAGCUCCAGAUUAAUAUUUUUCCUGUUUUGUAAGCAUAUCCCCUCGUUCUUAGGCACCUCAAAUCUAGCAUAUCCCAAAAGCAAACUCAUUACCCUCAUUCUAAACCUAAUUCUAUCUCAAUUGGUGGCAUCCACUCAUUGCUCAAGCUAGAAACUUCAUUUGAUUUUUUCCUCACUUAUAUUCCACACACCGAAGUAUUCACAAAGUCCAGCAAAUUCUGCCAGUAACAUAUAAAUCCCAUUUAUUCCAUCCAUGUGGCUGGCACCUACCAGAGAUGUCUGUUAUGUCAUCUACCCUCCAAUCCAUUCUUUGCCUUUCAGCCACAGUUUAUUCAUCUGUACAACUGAAAUAACAUCACCUUCCUUUUCCUAUGCGCAAAUGAGCUAAAGGAUGUGAAAGUAUUUUGUAGAAUAUAGUGUUAAACAAAAAGAAGGUGCUGUUAGUCUCUGUAAGCAUGCCACAGACCACAAUUAUGAUUGUUAGACCAAAGGCUAAUGAGAAAAACAUCUCAACUGUAGAAAACAUGCAUCUUACUAUCUCUAAUAAUUUGUUUCUUAGGAUGAGGAAAUAAUGAGUACAGCUUCAGCACUACAGAGCAUUUUUUUUUUUUUUACUUUUUAUUUUCUUAUUUUUUGGCAGCUGGCCAGUACUGGGAUCCAAACCGUUGACCGUGGUGUUAUAACACCACACUCUAACCUUCCGGCAAGCCCCAGAUCAUUUUAAAGGAAGCAGUGUUGGGAGGGAGAGAUAUGAAGCUAAUAGAAAUGAGGCCAAUUCAUGAUGGUCUCAGAGUGAUCACAGUGGUUAAAGAGCUGAAUUUACCCAUUUCUCUGUAGAUUUUAAAUUUAGGAACACUUUGAAACCUGUGACCUGCUGAGUUCUCUCUCCUAACACUCUUCACCAAGGCAGUGCAAAGAAAUGUGUAUAGGACUGUGGUAAGCUGAAUAAUGGUCCCCCAAGAUGUCCACAUCCUAAUCCCCAGAACCUGUGAAUGUUACCUGAGAUAGUAAAAGGUAUUUUGCAGAUGUGACUAAGGAUUAAGGGUCUUGAGAUGAGUUUAACCUGGAUGAUCAGAUGGGCCCUAAAUGAGAUUACAGGUGUCCUUAUAAGAGGGAGUCAGGGAGAGAUUUGACCACAGUAGAUGUAAUGACAGAAGCCAGCAGUUGGAGUAAUGUGAGGAAGGGCUGCAAGCCAAGGAAUGCAGUCAGCUUCUAGAAGUUAGAAAAGACAAGGAAAUGUAUUCUCCCCUGGAGACUCCAGAAGGAACGUAGCC